CUCCUAGUUGCUUUCAAAUUCAGGUGUGGCUUUUACUGAAACCUGACUUCCUACAAGAUCGGUUACAGACGGCUGCAGAGUUAAUAAGACAAGAACUCUUUGAACAUGGCAGAUUCAGAUAUCACCCCGAUGCCUGUCUCCAAAUGCCAAAGCUGCGAAGAGUUCUCUACCAUGAAAUUAACAGAGGAAAACAAAGAUUUAACGAUCUGUAAAAGUAAUUCUGUUCCGCAGAUGGGAGCACUGAGCCAGUCUGCAAAAGAACCUGGGGUGGAUCCUGAAAAAAGUAAUUUAUCUGCAGAAGGAAAGCCCGUGGAAGCGGAUACCCAAGAAGACCCCAGUGACGACCCUGAUAAAGUCUUGUGUGAUUUCUGCCUGGAGCAGAAGGUGGCAGCCACAAAGACCUGCUUGACGUGUAUGAUUAGUUACUGUGAAAUGCACCUAAAACCGCAUUUAACAAAUGUAAAAUUACACACACACCAGAUCGUGGAUCCGGUUAACGACACCAACCUGAGAACAUGUAGCAUUCACCAAAAACCCUUGGAUUGGUUCUGCCAAGAAGACUUAAUUUGCGUGUGUGAGGAUUGUGCGGAAGGCAAGCACAGCGCCCAUACAAAGAUCUCCUGCGCAGAGGCUAAGAAAGACAUAGAAGUAAGUCAUAUCAUGUGGAACAACAACAGAAUGUCCUAUGACUCUUUCUUGCAUUAAUCCUGAUUGAAUAAUUUAUCAACUCACUGAAAUGUUUCACCUUGUUAAUUCCAACCAUGCUUCCAAUUUAGCAGCAAGUGCCAUUCAAGCAGGAUAUAAUAGCAUAAAUGUUACAAGCAGUAGUGUUUACUGAGGUCAAUUAUUUACGUCCUCUGCUCACUGUAUAGAACUGGUUAAUUAUUUGGAGGAAUGCAAUGUGAUGAGUGUAUUGCAGCAUGCUGUUGUAGGUUUUUAACAAAACCUGUUGAAUCAUGUACAUAGAGGAAAGAAAUAUUUUGGCCUCAAAUUUAGUCAUCCGAAAUUCUCAGUAAAAUGAUAUGUAGCGAUUGGAUUUAGGAUAGACAACGUCUAUGGAAGGCUGACUGAGACUGAUGGCAGUUGCACUCCACAGCAGCUGGAGUUCUAAAAAAAAAAAAAACCAGUUUGUUUAUUACCUGUAUAUCUAAACCGGCACGGAAGUGGUUAUGGUGGUAGAAAUCUUUGGGUGCAUUACUCCCAUUUCCUGUCAAAGUGUUCUCUAGCUACUUGGAGAAUGCAGAAAAUUAAUUUCUGCAUUAUCUAAUGCUGUCCUAAUCUGGAUAGAAAUUUUAAACGAGUCUGUAGUGGUUAUGGUGCAUAGCAAGCCCUUUAACAAUAGUGUUUGUACUGCUGUUUGGUCCCUCAGGAAGUAGAAAGAUAAAACCUAUGUACAAUACAGAUGUCAGUCAAUGGUGCAACAAAAGCAAUGGGGGCCAUGUACGUGAAUAGUUUUUACUACGCACCCACUAUACAAUAAAAGAGACGUGAAGGAGAGUUCCUAAUAGAUGAUUUCAUGGUCGAGCUGGAGAGCAAUGAUGCUAGUGACAUCUCUACUCCUUGCUCCCUCUCAAAGUUACACUGUAACACAAGGCCUAAUCCAAUGUCUCCCUGGAACACAACACUCACAGGAUAGACUGCAGGGGAGAGCUGCUCUGAAUCCAGAUCUCCUGCUAUCUCAAUAUGGAGGAUAGCUUGUGUUGGAGAGCUUAUGGGCACCUUAAGCCAUGGGAUUCUAUUUACAGCUGCAGCCCAUGUGAUCGCUAGCUAUAACCACUGUUGUUACACCUGUAACUGGAGUGAGAGUGGUUGAUGCAUUCCCUUCACAUAUAGUAAAGAUGAGACCACAGUGUAAAGCACAAGGUUGCAAACUUGUUGCAGCUGACAUUUAAUGUGGAUAAAAUAAUGCAUCUUGGACGUAAAAACCCAUGGGCAGAGUACAGAAUAUUUGAUAGAGUCCUAACCACAACAUCUGAGGAAAGGGAUUUAGGGGUGAUUAUUUCAGAUGACUUAAAGGUAGGCAGACAAGUGUAAUAGAGCAGCAGGAAAUGCUAUGCUUGGUUGUAUAGGGAGAGGUAUUAGCAGUAGAAGAGGGAAGUGCUCAUGCCAUUGUACAGAACACUGGUGAGACCUCACUUGGAGUAUUGUACACAGUACUGGAGACCGUAUCUCCAGAAGGAUAUUGAUACCUUAGAGAGGGUUCAGAGAAGGGCUACUAAACUGGUUCAUGGAUUGCAGGAUAAAACUUACCAGGAAAGGUUAAAGGAUCUUAACAUGUAUAGCUCGGAGGAAAGACGAGACGGGGGGAUAUGAUAGAAACAUUUAAAUAUAUAAAGGGAAUCAACACAAUAAAGGAGGAGACUAUAUUUAAAAGAAAACUACCACAACAAGAGGACAGUCUUAUAGGGACACUAUAGUCACCCAGACCACUUCAGCUCAAUGAAGUGGUCUGGGUGCCAGGUCCCUCAGGUUUUAACCCUUCAGAUGCAAACAUUGCAGUUUCAGAGAAACUGCUAUGUUUACAUUUGGGGUUAAUCCAGCCUCUAGUGGCUGUCUUCUGGACAGCCACUAGAGGCGCAUCUGCGAUGCUGGAUGCGAAUUUUGCGAAUUUCGGGCAUAUGGCUAUUCUAGCUAUAAGAUAAGGCCAGAGACUAAUGAGAGUAUUUAGAAAAUUGGGCAGACUAGAUGGGCCGAAUGGUUCUUAUCUGCCGUCACAGUCUAUGUUAAAUAAUCUCAUAAUAAUAAGGGACAGCAGAAACGUAUGACAUACUUCAGUUACAGCUACAUAUAACUCACGAGUAUGUACAUCACCUCCUGCUCUAGAGGAAAUGUCUCCAAAUGUCUCUCCAUGUACCUGGUCUGCUAAGGCCAGAGAACCUGAUGUAGAAGAAAUUGAACGCUUUAUUUCCCCUUUGAUUAAAAAGUAAGACUGCAGAAUCUUAUUAGUUCUCACAUUUAAUCUAGUAUCUCAGGCCUGCUGUAAAUAACCUGCAAUUAUUAACAUUCAGGAUAAUAUUUGAUCCUUUUUUCUGUCCCCUCCACCAUCUAUGAGUGUUAUAGAGGUUACGUACCAUGAAAAGAGACAGAUCAGGAGCUUCCAAGUUUCUCAGGAUAUACAAAUAAUGACGGCACUGUUUUUUCACAGAAGAAAUGGAAGAAUGAGAGUUUGGCGUCUGAAAAGUCCAAUAAAGCAAAAGGGGGGAACAUUUUAUAAAAAGAGUGGUGAAAACUGAGUGAUCUUUCCGUAUUGAUGGUAGUGAUACUAAGCAUUCCUAUUCAUUACGGAGUAUGACAAAUAUAGGAAUUAACCAGCAUUAAUCACAAUAUCUAUGGCUAGACAAUUGUAGACCCUUUACGAUUUACAUGUAACUUUGUCUUUUUGUCUGCUUGUUUUCUUUUCCUUAAGGUAGAAGUUCAGCAACUAGUGGCGGAGUAUGAUUGGAAACGGACAUCGGCUGAGCACGCCAUCAUUAAAUUGGAGACCAACACUAAAUCUAUCCAGGUGACACAACACACAGGGCGGUGCUUAGACCCACACAUGUAGUGACGUAGGUUUUCACACAAAGUCUGAAAUGACUUGUGUCUCAGAAGGAUGCUGGAUACUUCAAAUGACUUUCACAAUGUCCACUUCUAUGAGAAUGUUAUACGAAUGUACCAGUGUGACAAUAAAGCAACCAGUCAAUCUAUUUGUGAACAGUAUAGGACAAGUAGUUAUUUAUUUAGACUUCAGGAAACAAGAGAUUUUACCCACAAAAGUAAAAUGUUCUUUAAAGGUAGAAAUAAUUUAAUAGAUGUGUUCAACUCUUCUGUUGCACAGGGCUAAACUAUUCCCAAUAUAUAGUAACUGUCUAAACAAUUCACAUAUAAUGAAGUGGUAUAAGCAGGGCAACAUGCAGACAAAGUUAUACUGUAUAAAGCCAUUAUAAAGUGUUUUGUAUUUUUCUAAAAACACCUUUGAGAAAGGUUUGCUGAUGAAAAAUUAGAUGAAGAUCUGUUGAAAAAUAUGUGAAUAUGAUGCCAAGCUUUCAAGAAUAGUCUCUUAGAUCUUUUUGUUGGAUGGGCGGAGGGUGCAAACAAAUAAUUGACCAGGGAUAUAAGACGGAAGCUGUGGAAAAGAGCAACAAGUAUGGAUGAAGGAGUAAGAAUGAGCAUGGCAUCAUGUGACGGGAAUGACUCAUGAAAUGACACAUGAGCUGGUGGGGAAUAAAGAGGGAGAAACACUAAUUGGGAUUGGGAGAGGCACAGCAAGUGAGAUGUUCAGAUAAGGAAAUAGUUGGGAGAUACAUUUGGAACAUGAAAUGGGGAAGAGGCAGAAACAUGUGACCAAUGAGAAAAGAGGACAGUGGGUAAAUUAUAAGUAAGCUGGGAGGGUACACAGGUCAGUUUAUGUAAGAUUUUUGGAACAGAUUUAUAAAUAUGGAGUAAUAAAUACGUAACAAAUAAGCCAUUAAAGCAGUGUUUUCAAAACCAGUCCUCAAGGCACGCGUACCAGUCCAGGAUUUAGGGAUUAACCAGUUGUGUCAAAGUGUUGUUUUUUUUUCUAAAAACACCUUUGACAAACUGGGUAAUCCCUAAAUCCUGGACUGGUAGGCGUGCCUUGAGGACUGGUUUGGAAAACACUGGAUUAAAGAAAGAGGACCACAGAAACAGAGAUUUGGACACAAGGUAUCCAAGAUGAGUUGGAUAAAGACACAGGAGUUUUUAUGUGAACAUAGUUAUUUUUACAAUAUUACAAGCAUACAGCUGAAAUAAUGUAUUCCAAUGCACCCAGAAUUCUGUUACUGAAGCCAGGAAGGCCAUAAACGUGCAGUUUGAUGAGCUCCAAGAUGCCGUGAAGUCGGCCCGUUCUAAAGUCCUGGAUUUCCUAGAACAAAGAGAGAAAGCUUCUCUGAACCAGGCGGACGGGAUAAAAACGUACCUGGAGCAGAAAUGCAACGAGCUGAAAAAGAGUAAAGCCAAAGUGGAGGGGAUCGCCAGUCGCAGGAAUGCGUCCUAUUUCCUUCAGGUAUGAGACAGUAUUGAUCUAAGCAGAUUUCAUUUAUGGUCACUCGUCCUAAAAAUAUGAAUAUUUGCAAAUGGAAGAAAAUAUGACACAUGUAAAAGUUAAAUUCAACCACAUUCUAGGCAAUUUAAGCUUGAUUGACCAAUAACUGUAGUGUAAUAAAUAACAAAUAGGAUUUUAGCGCUUGUAUAAAAGGCGGAUAGGCAGCUGGAACGACCCUAACCAGAGUUUCUUCCUUCUGGUGGUGGAUACAAGAACGAGUGGUGGAAGGGUAGCAGCGCCUUCCACCACUCGUUUUAAUAACCCUAGUCUAAUUGGAACCGUUUGUACAUAUGUUACUAUAAUUCUAAAUAGAAUGUCAUAGUUUGUCCAACGCACACACCAAAAUACAAUAGUGUCUUGGGAUUCCAGAGCAAGUACACUGACACUAAUUUGCAAUUUAUCCUACCAAUAUUUAAAAUACCUAGCUGUCAAUGAGACAGCUGGUCCUGUUACACCCAGGUUGUUUAGCUCAGUGCAACUAAACUCAAGAGUCAGACAAUUGCCCAGCGCAUCUAUCUUGCAAAGUCUUCACAUUGAGCUGCACUUUGAAUCUGAUUGAACAACCACAAAAUGAGCUGAGACAGAAGGGGAGGGCUUGCAAAGCACGCAGACAAGAGAUCUGCAGCAUUUGCAAGCUCUUUUUAGAUAUACUUACAAUGAAAAAAAUAUUAUAAUUAAAUGAACACUACAGGAUCAACAGCACAGACAUAUAUUACUGACCCUAUAGUGUUAAAACCAUUUCGCCUCCUUGCUGACAUCAUUAGAAUUUAUGAUUUCAGCCAAUCCAAUGCUUUCCCCUAGGAACCGGGAUAGGACCAAACGCAGGCUUGGCUAAUCACCACCUCCUCACAGAGAUGCAUUGAAUCAAUGCAUCUCUAUGAUGAAACUUCAGCGUCUCCAUGCAGUUCCGCAGAGCUAAACAACCUGCAAAGCAUGGAGACGCUGAACAGUAGUGCUGCAAACUGUGCAGCACUGCCCCAGGAAGCACUUCUAGUAGCCAUCUGAGGAGUGGACACUGUAAACACUACCUUUUCUGUGAAAAGGCAGUGUUUGCAGGGAAAUGCCUGAAGGGACUAAUUACACUCACCAGAAUAACUACAUAGUUGUUAUGGUGACUAUUGUGUCACUUUAAAGGCAUGCAUGUAUACUAAAUAGUGAUUUAUUUCCUUUUUACUUAAGCAGUGAAGUGUUCCAUUAAUCUGGAAAAUCAUUACCACUGUGACUGUAGUUAUGAAUAAUUUUCUCCCUGACGGAGUAAAGUAAGUGCCAUUGCUCUAUGAGAUUUUCCUCUGAAUUUCCACAGGAGUAUUGUGAAUUUAAGAAGACAAAAGCAGACGACACACUUCCCAGUGUUUAUAUUGGGCUGAAGGACAAGUUGUCCGGAAUCCAAAAGGUUGUUGCAGAGUCCACUGAGAAAAUUAUCCAAACACUACAGACGUCAUACACAGAAAGACUCCAAGAAUUUGCCAAGGAAGGUGAGUGAGCAUAAGGACACAGGACAUGGAACUUACUGGGACCAGAUUCCAGAUAUAAAAAUAAAUCUUCAGAUAGUCAAUUGUUUUGAAGUGGACAUGGUGACUGGACUCUGUAUGUGCAACAUUUCACUUUGAAAUACUGCACGUACAGAGAGUAACACCUCUGCUGCCAAAGGUGUAACUACACCUUCAGCAGUCUCAUUGGGUACCACCAGCCAGCUUGGAACAAGAGUUGUGGAUUGGCAAAUACCAACAUUGAUCAAAACUGGCAUCUGAUACCAGCAUGCACAGCAUGCUUACACCAGACAGUCCAGGAUGGCACAGCCCACCCACUGUUUCGUCUAUGUUUUGUGUUUUAUCAAAAGACUUGUUUUUGUUUGGAGUAAUGCAAAAAAUAAAUAAUAAUAAAAAAAUUUUUAAAAAAAUUAUAGAGGAUUAUUGGUGCCAUAUGCAAUCCAGCUUUAUAGUAAUGCUAUGUAAUGAAAUCUUUUAAAGAUUGUUAUUCAUUUAGAAAGAAUUAGUAUACCUUAAUUGCUGUCAAAUCCCCAGUAUCUCUGCAAAACUGCAGUUUAAUUUGCUCUGCUGUCUGGAGACGUUCUUGGUCUCUGAACAGAUUUUUCGGACUCUCAGAAGGGAUCGGGCGCGUUGAGUCAAGCAGGUGCUGUCUCACACAUAUUCCACCCAUAGAACUACCAAGAUGUCAAGCAGUCUGUAAAAUUAAAUUUCGGAAAUUAACUCAAAAGAAUGAAGCAGGAACCUCCCCAUCUAAAGAAACUGCCUACUAAUCCCAAUAUGUUGUCAUUCUGAGUCCACUCAAUCCAAUACACAGUCUAAUCAUCCUCAACAAACACUUGCUGUUCAUCUUGAGACUAUGCCCACACAUUAUCCAAAUGCUACAGACCUCAUAGACAGACUUUGCCAAGUAUGGAGAGUCCGCAUAGGGACACAGGAAAUGUUAGUUGCAGUGACCAGAUUCUGAUAUAAAAAUAGCUUUCCUCAGAGAGUCAAGAGUACCAUGACCUUAAAAGACUACUAUAGUUUGUCCUCAUUUCUCACUAUAUUACCCCACACACCCCUUCAUUUCUCACCAUAUUACCCCACACACCCUUUCAUUUCUCACCAUAUUACCUCACACACCCCUUCAUUUCUCACUAUAUUACCCCACACAUCCCUUCAUUUCUCACCAUAUUACCUCACACACCCCUUCAUUUCUCACUAUAUUACCCCACACACCCCUUCAUUUCUCACUAUAUUACCCCCACACACCCCUUCAUUUCUCACUAUAUUACCCCCACACACCCUUUCAUUUCUCACUAUAUUACCCCCACACACCCUUUCAUUUCUCACUAUAUUACCCCACACACCCCUUCAUUUCUCACUAUAUUACCCCACACAUCCCUUCAUUUCUCACUAUAUUACCCCACACACCCCUUCAUUUCUCACCAUAUUACCCCACACACCCCUUCAUUUCUCACUAUAUUACCCCACACACCCCUUCAUUUCUCACCAUAUUACCCCACACACCCCUUCAUUUCUCACCAUAUUACCCCACACACCCCUUCAUUUCUCACCAUAUUACCCCACACACCCCUUCAUUUCUCACCAUAUUACCCCACACACCCCUUCAUUUCUCACUAUAUUACCCCACACACCCCUUCAUUUCUCACUAUAUUACCCCCACUUCCCCUACAUUCCUCAGAUCCUUUUUCCCACCUCUCUAGCCAAAGUGAUAUUAUUCUCCCUCCUUGACCUUCCCUCUAUCCCUAAUGUUAGAUUAUCCCUAUCUGCCCUCCCCAUUCCAUAAUUACCCCUGGGCCCGGUUUGGUUCACGGACCUGGCACACGUGGGAGGGUUACAGUGUGAGCGGCGUCCCGCACAGGCCACAUGGAUAGCUCUUCCUGCGCGGAACCGCGAUGACGUCAUAUCCCGGCGCCCUCCUGACCUCUGUGCUUGGCACAGCCUGGCAUGGCCUGAACUGGCUGGAGGUGAUACAGUCUAGAGUUGGGGAUUUAUUAUCUUUGGCAUUUUUGUUACCAUGGAAAUUAUAAUGCUGAAAUCAUGUCUAUUGUUAUUGUUUUGUUAUGGUUUACACAGAGGAUCUGGGGGUUAAAACAAUGGUGUUUAGUUUAAUACUGUAAGUCAAUAUUAUAAAUAAACUAAUAGCAACAGUGGAUCGAUAAAGCACUAUUAGCUAUUCACUACACCUGGCACAGGGAGUUCAUUUAGAUAAGGUGUGCAAAUUGCUGACAGCACUGGGAGCAUGCACUUGGUUAAUCUUUAAACCUGUGUUUGGGUAACAUUGAAUGACCUUCCAAGGCCAAUAUUUAACUUCCACUGAGAUUUAAUUAGUUGGUUACAGCAUGCCUCCCAAGUGUCCCUGUUUAAGAAGGACAGUCCCUAUUUUGGGCCCAAAUCCCUAUACCCCUCUCUUCUAUGCUAAUGUCCCUCUUUUCUAAGAGCUCUAUAUUGAUGGUGUGUCUGCGUGUAAAACAGAACAAUAAUUGUGUCUUUAAACUACAAUAAAUGUGUUUAGAUAUCAGUCUGUAAACACAAUACAUUGUUCGUGUUCUAAAUGUAUGCGGUUUAUUUCCCAAGGUGUGAAUUGGCCUGGAAACGGUGCAGAUCUGCCCAAGCUAAUGGCAAGUCAGUCUGAUGUGAAUAAACACACCAGGUUGCCUUUCCACCAUUCAGGCCGGCCGACAGUUUCAGUGCGCCCUGCAGGGUCCUAGUGCCCUAAUCAUAGUUUGAGCGUUUCUAUUGAUGUGCUUGUGCUAUGAAUGUUAGGUGCCAUUCCCAGGUGUCCCCAAAAUUGGGACACCAGGGAAGUAUGGUGGGACAGAACCUGAAAAUCAGGCAUGUCCCGCUGAAUUCGGGUAGGUUGUGAUCCGUGUAAGUCACAUAAAAUAUAGAACAGCCCUACCCCUGUCCACACCCCCAAUGAUUACCCUAAAAUUAAAGUGUCCCUCUUUGUCCAUUUGAAAUGUUGGGAGAUAUUUUACAUGAAGGAGGCUAAGGGUCCAUUUAAUGCACUGAUGAUGGGCCCUGGCUCAGUCACUGGGGCUGGAUCUAUUUUCCGAUCAUCACUUGUACUUUUGUACAAAAGGAGCCCCAGCUGGGGAAUGUUUGUGCCCUCUGCUCCAUUGUUGGUUUCAGUUUCUAUUACGUGUAUUUUACUCUUCAGCAUGUUCAUCUCUCCACCCUUUUUGCUUGUGGUAUGAUUGUAGCACCUGCACCCUUUGGUGAUUUUGGCCACAGUACAAUACAAGCCUGAUAAGAUGGGUCAUUACUAAACCAAACACACAGUAAUAGAAAAUGUUUAAAAUAUAACAAUUAAUAAACUAGACAUGCAUUAUAUGUUAAGAUGAAAAGUAUAGCACCGCUGAAUCAUGUGUUGUGUUUUUUUUUGUAUACAGAGGAUCUGGGGAUAAAAACAAUGGUGUCUGCCAUAGUCCCUCCAAUCCACCGAAUAGGUGCACCAGAGCCGACAACAAGGAACGAUUUCUUGAAAUGUAAGUGUAUUGUGCUUGACAGCACAUCGCUACCUUGUCAGAUUCCCUCAUUCUGCCACAAGCUCAGAUACAGGUCCCGACCAAACUGCAUUUUCUUCAUUCUCGAGAGCUAAAUAUUUUGCUUUCUGCCUUGUCAGGCACAGUGUUUAUAAGGAGGUUUGUGAGUGGAAAAACAGAAGCAGCGCAAGUCCCAGUUUCAUGAUAAAAAAUGCUUAGGUGAAACAUGGCUGGAUUCACACACUCACAGCUGAUUAGUAAAUUCAAGCAUUGAAUGUCAGGAGCCAUUUUGUGCAGUGAUAAAGACUCUGCAGUAACUAUGCAUUUAAUAGUUCAGGCUCCUCUGUGGCAUGGCUGCUUCCUCUCCACUUUCCGUGGAUAUAUUCACAUGGAAGCAGGACUCGGGUAUACCUGUCCCUUGCGUGGCGUGAUGUAUUGGGGCCUGUUGAGGGUCACCCUGGGUUAUCCUGGUGUUGGGACUAGAGAAAUAAACCAGCCAACAACCCAGAUUUUAUCGAUGUCUUGACUGGAAAACAAUAUGAGAUACUUAAAGGGACAUUAUAGUCACCUGAACAACUUUUGCUUAAUGAAGCAGUUUUGGUGUAUAAAACAUGCCCCUGCAGCCUCAUUGCUCAAUCCUCUGCCAUUUAGGAGUUAAAUCCCUUUGUUUAUGAACCCUAGUCACACCUCCCUGCAUGUGACUUGCACAGCCUUCCAUAAACACUUCCUGUAAAGAGAGCCCUAUUUAGGCUUUCUUUAUUGCAAGUUCUGUUUAAUUAAGAUUUUCUUAUCCCCUGCUAUGUUAAUAGCUUGCUAGACCCUGCAAGAGCCUCCUGUAUGUGAUUAAAGUUCAAUUUAGAGAUUGAGAUACAAUUAUUUAAGGUAAAUUACAUCUGUUUGAAAGUGAAACCAGUUUGUUUUUUCAUGCAGGCUCUGUCAAUCAUAGCCAGGGGAGGUGUGGCUAGGGCUGCAUAAACAGAAACAAAGUGAUUUAACUCCUAAAUGACAGUGAAUUGAGCAGUGAAAUUGCAGGGGAGUGAUCUAUACACUAAAACUGCUUUAUUUAGCUAAAGUAAUUUAGGUGACUAUAGUGUUCCUUUAAUCAACUUGUCUCUGACAAGAUAUUUAGAAUCAGUUAUUAUAAGCAUUUUUGUAAUGAAGCUAAAACCCAUAGCACAAAUUUGACCUUCAGUGGAUUUUGUAAGUCCUUUGAUUCCUACCAGAAAACACCACAGAUUCUAUUCUAGAAGUAGCUCACAAUUAAAUUAAAGGGACACUAGAGGCACCCAGACCACUUCAGCAAACUGAAGUGGUCUGGGUGCAGUAUUCCUUUUGCACUUUGUGCUGCAGUGUUAACUCCUUAAGGACCAAACUUCUGGAAUAAAAGGGAAUCAUGACAUGUCACACGCCAUGUGUCCUUAAGGGGUUAAACAUUGCAGUUCCAGGGAAAGUGCAAUGUUUACAUUGUAGAUCUAAGUCUGCCUCUACUAGACAGCCACUAGAGGGCUUCCUGGAUCGAAACAGACCUUUCGUUCAGUAUUUGACGCUGGACGUCCUUAUGCUGUGCAUGAGAAUAUCCAGCGUCAGAUUUUUCCCAUAGGAAAGCAUUGAUUCAGUGCUUUCCUAUGUGAAGGUCUAAUGUGCACGCAGCAUGCGCCCGCUCAUUGCAGGAUGUCCGAGGGGGAAGAGCUUCAACCCAGCGCCGAGGGACCUCAAUGCUGGGGUAAGGUAAGCAAAAAAGGGGUUUUUAACCCUUUAUUUACCGUGCAGGAGGGGGGAGGCAGGGGGAGUGAUAGUGCCAGGAAUACAGCUUUGUAUUCCUGGCACUAUAAGUCUGUGCGCGCAUUACCCAUUUGCUGUCCGUAACAAUUACACGAUUCUGGCCCUUUUUGUAUAUUAUAUUGCAGAUUAUUUAAAUUCUUUUCUAUGCCAAUAAUUGAGAUUAUAGAACCCUAGCAUUGUACAUUGUAGAAGUUUACAGCCUUUCACAUUAAAUAUUUGCUUUGCUCUAAUUAAUAUUUUACACUGAAACUGGAUACACCCAUCCUGUAUUUAGGCCAUGUUCCUGAUCUGCCAUUCUAAGGAGCGGCCCUAAGUGACUUCACUGAGGUUGUGUAAUAAGACCUAGUAAUGUAUCACAUCACACACAUAAAGUGUUACAAUAACUAUAGAAUCAGUGGACAAACAAGUCUUUUCAGGUGAAACAAUGUGCUAUCAAGCAGAUAAUGUGAGGUUAAACGUAUAAACAGAGUUUGUAAUGGGACAUUUCUUUUUAUAAGUGUUGUUGACCGACUUUUAUAGUAAAUGUGUCAGUUUAUGUAGUUAAGGUUUUAUUGUUUAGAGGUGGGGUAGGGGGAUGAUGUAUCUUAUAUUGCUGUAACAAAAGCAGUUCCACAGAGUGAAUGACAUGAAGCUUAGCAGAGCAUCUUGGGAAAUGUAGUUUAGAAACAACAGUGAAAGAAAACAAUCACUAGCACAUAGUAAAUACUAUGUGUAAGUACUCAUUUUUAACUAUAAUAAUUUUAAUUAUUAGUGUUCAUUUUUCACUAUAAAAAUGUUAAUUAAUUAUAAAAAAUUUAAUUAUUUGAUGGCAGUUUUUCAAAUAUAUAUAUAUCUUUUUUUUUUUUUUUAUUAGAUAAAUCGAAUGUCACUUUGGAUCCAGACACUGCUCACCGUUUUCUAAGGCUGCAACAAGACAAUCGCAAAGUUACUAACAGCGCCCCCUGGCAACAUCCUUACCCAGACCACCCAGAAAGAUUUGAGCACUGGAGACAGGUUCUGAGUGAGGAGAGCUUUUACCUUGGUCGCCAUUAUUUCGAGGUAGCAUUUAAAGGUGAAGUUAUCCACGUUGGAGUGACGUACAAAUGUAUCGACAGGAAAGGUGCGGAGAGCAAUAGCAAUAUUACAGGAAACGAUUUCUCGUGGACCUUGAAAUGGAACGGGAAGGAAUUCUCAGUUUGGCAUAGCGAUGUCGAAACACCUCUAAAAUCUGAGAAAACAUCCAGGGUCGGUGUCUAUGUGAACUACCAAAGUGGCACUGUAGCUUUCUAUGGUGUCACCAGUACCAUGACACGACUCCACCAGUUUGAAGCAAAAUUUGCAGAACCUCUCUAUGCUGCUAUCUGGCUUCCUAAAAAAGAAAAUUCAGUGACCAUUAUUUCUCCUGAUGAAAUGCUUUUGCCCUUGGUCACUUCUCCAUCACCUGUUGAAACAAAGUCAGAGCCAAUCUAUUCUGAGAGCACAUCGACUGUGAGCAGUAGAACAGAGAUCUUAGUCAACGGAACUAUCCAAACCGUUAUCGUUGAGACCAGCAGUGUUAAAAAGUCCAUUGACGGCACAAUAUCAGAAUCUUCUCUCCUUACUACAUUAACAUCACCAGAUCCUAUCGCUGAACUGGCAGCCGCAAAGAUAACUACAGUUUAAUUCACUUUAACUCAAUUAAAUGUUCUGUUAUUGAUGUUUUUUUUUUCAAAGCUAUAGUGUUGCAGGAAAAUAUUCCUUAGUCUAGUGUGAAAAGUCUCUUAUUGGACGUGUUCCAUUAUCGGAGUGUAUGUUUUGCAAUUAGUGAUGUUUUGUCUUCUUCGUUCUAGAGAACAUUUCUUCAUUGUACAACUAACGAGCCACGUGCUGCUCUCUGAGCCUUCAUUGACAGCUUACAAUUGGCUUCUUUGGGUACCUAAUGCAUGCACACCCAAUGAACAGCACCGUGCCCUCCAACUCUCAGGAGCAAAACCUGCUGGCCCCCCCCACGCAGGCUGCAAAAUCUGUCUAAGGGGGAGCAUACUAGUGAUUGCUCAGGCCGGGACACAGUAAACAAGCUAUUGAAACACUAUGCUUCAGAUUGGCAAACAGGCUCAGUGCUCUUUGUGCCAAGAGGGCGAUGAUACAUCAUGUGUGUCAUACAUCUCCACCUUGUUACAGCACAUUGUAUGGCAAUCUAAAGCAUGUUGGCUUCCCUUAAUGUGCCAGCCUGCCUGGGAAAUAACUUGUAUCCCACUAAAGAACGCAACAAGGUACAUAGUUAUAUAUAAGCAGGGGAAACCAGUAAGAUAAGCAGGAUCACUGGGGGGUAAUGGGCAGGGGACAUCAGACAGUAGACCUUUCUAAGUUAACUUUUUCCAGAUUGUCUGCAAUAUAUGUUCAACUUUUUCUGUAAGAAGAAAUUAGCUAAACUGCACCAUGUGGCUCUCCUACAGGCUGUCUGUUGUCACUGUGGCUAUCUUGGGAAAAAAAUGAUGAGGAAUUCUGCUCUAGAAAAUAGGUCACUAAAAGUCUUAUCUCCAGAUGAUGUCGAAGUGCGAGUCUCAUGAUAUUGUUUUCAGCCUUAACGCUGUAUCCAACACAUCAUGGGAGUGGUAGUUUUGACAUUUCCACCCUGACUCCACCAAAUGUAUUAUCAAGUAAACAGAAGUGUUGUAAGAGAAAUGUUUGUUCAGAAAACAUUGAGGAGACUGGCCAAGAACUGUAUCAUCAUGCAGUAUGUAUGUACGCAGGGAAAGUAACCUUGUAAAAUGUUGGAGUCAAUGCAUGUGAUCAGGGGUUAAAUAUUUCAACAUCACUGCAGCCCAAAUCCCACUUGGUUCAUCACUAGUCCCUACAUUACUUUAGAACAGAGAAGAUAUUGGACUGUAAUGAUGGAAUUCUGCCACAUGUACAUCCUCCCCCCCCCCGUGUUCAUGUAAAGUAUUGCAAGCUCAAAAAAUGCUUCUAAGGCUUUAAUUUAUUUAAUCUGAGUAAUCUUCGGGCUGGCAAACUAAUGCUUCCUAAGACUCAGUGUUCUCUCCCCCACCCUGUAAAUAUUAUAUAAUUGCAGCUUUAAGUUAUCUUCUAGCCAAGCCCUUUAAAUAAAAUUACUUUUUCUUUACUUCUUUACUUUUUUCCCAGUUACUGUCUGGAUCUGCAUUCUGCCCAGUUGUGUAUACACUAACUCAUUUCUUAUUCUUGACUAGUGGUGUUUAACCCCUGGGUCAGAACCCAUACAUUGGUCCCCAUGUCAUUUUAACAGCUGCAAUCAAUUGCUUUAGGUUGCUUUCAGUAAUGGAGGAGACUAUAUUUAAAAUAAGAAAAACUACCACAACACGAGGACAUAGUCUUAAAUUAGAGCGGCCAAGGUUUAAAAAUAAUAUCAGGAAGUAUUACUUUACUGAGAGGGUAGUGGAUGCAUGGAAUAGCCUUCCAGUUGAAGUGGUAGAGGUUAACACAGUAAGCAUGCAUGGGAUAGGCAUAAGGCUAUCCUAGCUAUAAGAUAAGGUCAUGGACUAAUGAAAGUAUUUAGAAAAAUGGGCAGACUAGACGUGCCGAAUGGUUCUUAUCUGCCCUCACAUUCUGUGUUUACUGUAGCUGCACUGUUUCUCAAAUGCCAUAGAAUAGCGGGACAAGUCUAAUUACAUUUAGACUUUUGUACUUUUUUUUUUUGUAUCAUUUGUACUUUUGCAAGUUGUGUUUGUUUAAUUAUUAAUUACGUUACCCUUGAAAAAACUAGUAGUGCAAAACUAAUUUUACAGUUAAAGAAUAGGUUGCCAAACAUAUGUCUUGUAUAUGGUUUCAGUCUGUUAAGGACCAACAAGCCCACUUUGUAUAUUGAUUGUGAUAAUACACAUUACAUUAUCCAUAGCAACUCUGUGCUGCAACUUAAAGUAGGAAACCCUCUUUGUCCUUCUACAAUGGACACAUCCAGUUAUCACUUUUUGAAGAGCUGUUGAAAAAGGGUAAGUGAACCAAUAAUUACCCAUUGUCCCUAAAUUACAUCUAGACGACUGAGAAAAUAGAAAUAUAAUCUACAAACAAGCGUAGCGUUCAGGAGACUGAUUUGAGAUGCAACAAAAUAACACAUAGACCCAUCCCGUAAUACAUUCCACAUAAACUCCAAAAAACAAACAUACAGCACCCCGGUACAAUGUAGGAGUACUAUGCUUUGCAAGCAUUAAGUCUGGGAAAUGUAGUCUAAUAUAUUGAGUGCCCAAGGUUGCAUGCCCUGGUCUGGGGGAAUGUCAGGUCACCAUUAAUGGGUUAGUCCAACCUUUUUUCCUUAUUUUCUUAAUUGUGUUUAUAGUGUACAUUAUACAGCGCUACGGAAUCUGAUGGCGCUAUAUAAAUAAAAUAAUAAUAAGUGCCCUACUGGGCAGUUGUUACUAGUUCCACAUUUACUUUUUGUGAUAAACUGUGGAAAAUAAAGGAUAAACCUUACCUCGAAGCCAAAUUCUUCCCCACCUUCGUUAUCACCACGCUGCAUCACGGGUUCAAUCAAACGGUUCUCCUAAAGACUGAGGGGAACCUUUUGAUUGAACGCAUAUGAGGUUAGUGCUGCCAUCCACCAAUCAGAUACUUCUGAAAUAAAGUGCCUCCUUCUCUGGCAAACUAUUUCUUUAUUUUUUUUAUAAAUUCUUUAUUUUUGAGUCUUCAAAAGAAGAAUUUUUUUUUUUUUGUAACGUUAUGGGGUACAGAAAGGAAAAAGGGGUGCAACAUGUUACAAUUAUAUUGGUUACAUUUGUACUCAUUAAUAUAUCCCUGUUUACAUUCACUGUUUCAGUUGUCCAACAUGUAACUCCCGUUGCCCUGGGUCUGGAAGGGUCGGGUGGGUUUCUUUAUUUUUUUGAAUGCCGUGACUCUCUCCUUUUUGACUGUGACAGGUUUGUUGCCAGCCUAAGUUUGCAACUUUUGAUGUUUAAAACACAUUUCUUUGUGCAAUGGAUGUUACAGACUUCAUACAUGCAUACAUGGGUCUUUCAGUUAACUUUAACCCUUUAAGGACCAAACUUCUGGAAUAAAAGGGAAUCAUGACAUGUCACACGUCAUGUGUCCUUAAGGGGUUAAAUUAAAAAUAUAUAUAUAUAUGUAAAGACAAACAUAGUUUAGAAUGCUUCUCUUACAGUGACAGCAAAUCUUGGCAUGCUCAGCCACUGCAAGACUUAAAGGAACAGGCACAAAUGGCAUUUGAUUGUGACUCAGUGAUAGCUUGAAUUUUGCCAGAGCAUCAUGGGAAAAAUAGUUUUUAAAACAUGGAGUACAAAUGUUAGCCAUCAUUUUUACUGCAUUCAAGAAUGGUUUUUGUUUUCAUUGUUUUGAUGGGUUUUUUUUUUAGCCCAUCUCCUUACACUGCCAUACGGGUUUCUAUUUUCCUACAAUGCAAUGACCACUAUGUAAAUCUUUUCUGAUACAUGGAAUAUAUAAAUUAAUAAUGAAUUAAAUAAAGGAAAACCC